ACUCGUCCUGCUCCAGGGUCGAAAAGGAUGAAUUCUUUUUCCUGUUUCAUUUCGAAAUGAAAAAUAUAGCAAGUAAUAUCAGAUUUUACAGAUAUUUCCUGUGAGCCCAGCUGCUUUUUCUUGAACAGUUUUGCAGUUGCAGCUGUACACGUGCAGUACCAUCAUGUUGGCCAGGAAAGGUCUUCUGCCAGACGGCUUCCUGCUGACCCGUCUGGCGGAGGAACAGAACCAGCCAAACCGCAGCCGGUGCCGAGCACAGAGAGCCCGCUUUAUCACCAAGACCGGAUCCUGCAAUGUGGCUCACAAGAACAUCAGAGAGCAGGGUCGAUUCCUGCAGGAUGUUUUCACAACCAUGGUGGACCUGAAGUGGCAGCACUCUCUCCUCAUUUUCAUCUUGGCUUUCCUCUGCUCCUGGAUGCUGUUUGCUAUGAUCUGGUGGCUCCUAGCGUUUGCUCAUGGAGACCUGGAUCUCCGCGACCCCAGUGGCGAGCCAGGUCCCAUCCCCUGUGUGACGGCCAUCCACUCCUUUGCCUCAGCCUUCCUGUUCUCUAUUGAAGUCCAGGUAACGAUUGGUUUUGGUGGGAGGAUGGUGACGGAGGAGUGUCCAAUGGCCAUCACAGUGCUGAUCGUCCAGAACAUCCUGGGACUGAUUAUUAAUGCCGUGAUGCUUGGCUGUGUGUUCAUGAAGACCGCCCAAGCCAACCGCCGAGCCGAGACACUCAUCUUCUCCAGAAAUGCAGUCAUUGCUUCUCGUAAUGGUCGGCCCACCUUCAUGUUCCGAGUCGGGGACCUGAGGAAAAGUAUGAUCAUUUCUGCUACCGUUCAGCUGCAGGUGAUCCGGCGGACUGUGACAGCAGAAGGUGAGGUGAUCCCAGUGUGCCAGCUGGACAUCCAGGUGGAGAAUCCUUUGAGGAGUAAUGGCAUCUUCCUGGUUUCUCCUCUGAUCAUCAGUCACACCAUUGAGAGAGGGAGUCCUCUGUAUGAGCUCUCUGCCCAGUCACUGGCUGCUGAGGACCUGGAGAUCAUCGUCAUCCUGGAAGGUGUAGUGGAAACCACAGGGAUCAGCAUGCAGGCUCGCACCUCCUACACUCCAGAGGAGAUCCUAUGGGGGAGACGCUUCGUGUCCAUCAUAACAGAGGAGGAUGGCCGAUACUGCGUGGACUAUUCUAAGUUUGGUAACACAGUUCCUGUACGGAUGUCGUCUCUGAGCGCCAAAGAGCUGGAUCAGCUCAGGGGCGUGCAGGAGGGCGGGUCUGAUGUCCAGCUUCAGGGCUGGGGGCUGGUCAGAGCCGGCAGAGGGGGCUUCCGUAGAGGAGGCAGGGCCUGCAGUAGCGCCAUCUCUCAGCCAUGGUAUGCCCAAUCAGAGAAGUCCCAGAACGAGGAGGAGCAAAAGGGGCAUAAGAAAACUGUGAAGUUGGAAGUGAUUGGACGAAAAACUGAAGAGGAGAGUGCUGGGGAGAUGAGUGAGUGAACACUAGGAAUGUUUUGGUUGUGAAUGUUCCUGAUGUCACAUUUCUCCUCCUACACAUUACAUUCCAGUUACUUUAUUGUUAUUGUUGAUGCCUCCGUUCAUUCUGGGUCACCACAGCCGAUCCAGUAUGGAGCUGCAUACUCAUCUGGCACAUUUUUUGGGGGGAGGGGGUUCCCCCCUGGAUGUAUACUCACAUUCCAGUCAUGUGACGUUCCUUAUUUAAAUAAUAUUUUGUGCAUAAGACAUAAAAGAUGAAGGACAUUAAAAAAAAGUAACAGAUAUAGUUGGAACCAAUUCUUUUUCAAUGAUGAUCCAAAAACAAGGAGUGCAGACUUUAAAUGUGUGAUUAUUUGUGUGUAAAGUAUUAUAUAGCUGAUGUGUAAUAAAUAUAUUUUCUUGUAUUUUC